GCUACGUGAUAUAGCCUGAGCGUUGUGUACGGUGGACAGCGUCUGUUUACAGAUGCUUGAAGAUCACAACUCUCUCUCUCCUCUGUUCCUUCUCAGGGUCUUUUGUAAGCAUCUGGCGCAUCUACCAGUGAAUGGGAAAGGCAGGUUGUGACUGGAAUCGUACUUUUGCUGUGCCCAGACACUUACAUCACUCUGGAGAGGAGGACACAAGUAUGCCAGUCUGGAAAACUCCAGGAGUGAAGAAGCAAGAAGCAACCCUCCAAAUAUAUCACUUUUAUCUCAUCUCUUCAUCCCUUCACAUAAACAAGGGAAUAGUGCGAGAGACAUAAAAAAGAGAAAGAGUCUGAACAAAAAGCACUGAACAAGCUCUCCUUGAGUCUUUCCUCUGGAAAACUUGGGCUGCUAAGAACAGUGGGCAUUGGAUGAAAGCGUGUGUGCCGACAGUAGACGAGAGGAGUGGGGGAGGGAGUUGCUACCGUAGCCAGUCCCGCCUUUGUUUCUGUGUGUUUGUGUGUGCGCGCACAGUUCAGUCAUAAGCAGAGAAAAACAGAGAGGGAGAACCUAAGCUUGUGAGGCUUGUCGGAUGGAACAGGGAGAACAGCCUUCUCCGUCACAUCCUCCGGUUUAUCCUCCUUUCUCACCCUGCGGAGUGUGAACGAAACAACGUCUUCUUGAGACUGCUUAGACACAAGCGCCUGUAAACGCCAGUCCCGCGGCUCCGUGUGACUUCUGCUACGCUCCUGCCGCGGAUCACCAGUCAUCCACAGUCGCUGCGCUGCGCUCUGCACUGCCUGUUGUGCACUGCCUGCUCCUCGUCCAGUUAACCAGCGAGGGUAGAGGAGAAAGCAGCCGAGGCAGCAAUAGAGGAGGCUUACGAAAGACAAGAUGGGAGUCCUGCUUUGCAGCUUGGUGGUACUGGCGCUUGUCUGUCAAAGCCAUAGGUCCGAUAGCUCUCUCCACAGGUUUAAAAGGUACCAGGAGGGCCCCCAGUCAGGCCCUAGUGAUUGCACCAGGGGUAUCCAGCCCCCUGUGGUCAUGGCCAACUCCCACAACUUUUCCUUGGACGUCCGCAUGCCCGGAGUCAGCCCCACAGCAUCCGAUUCCUAUUUAUGUGUGGCGGUGCCGGUUCCGACAAGCAGGGAUGCUUAUAUAGUGGACUUUGUGCCUCACGCCAGUAUGGACACGGCUCACCACAUGUUGCUGUACGGCUGCCGGACCCCAGUCUCAACUACCGGCUACUGGGACUGUGGGAGUGCCCAGGGCACCUGUGAGGAUGAUGGUGCCAUCAUGUAUGCCUGGGCCCGCAACGCUCCGCCCACAAAAUUGCCUAGAGAUGUGGGGUUUAAAGUCGGAGGAAAGUCAAAGAUCACGUACUUCGUAUUGCAGAUCCAUUACGGGGAUAUCAGUGGUUUUAGAGACCACCAUAAAGACUGCUCAGGACUUACAUUAAGAAUGACUUCCAAACCACAGCCCUUCAUUGCUGGCAUGUAUCUGAUGAUGUCUGUGGAUACCAUCAUCCCUCCAGGCAGUAGAGUUACCAACGCUGAUAUUGCUUGCGAAUAUGAAUCAUAUCCAAUGUACCCAUUUGCCUUCAGGACCCACACACAUAGUCUCGGUCAGGUUGUCAGUGGAUACAGGAUUCGAGAUGGGAAGUGGACUCUGAUUGGACGGCAGUCGCCGCAGUUGCCACAAGCGUUCUAUGCGGCCACCCAGGGCGUUGAUGUCAGGUAUGGAGACACGAUUGCUGCCCGAUGCGUAUUCACCGGAGAAGGGAGGACCUCAAAAACUUACAUCGGGGGUACCUCCAACGACGAGAUGUGUAACUUCUACAUCAUGUACUACAUGGACAGCAAGCAUGCAGACCCCUUCAUGGACUGCAUGCAGGAUGGCUCCAAAGAGCUGUUCCGCCACAUUCCGUCAGAAGCCAACGUUCCUAUUCCUGUCAGUCCAGACAACAUGAUGACUAUGAUGCACUCGGGACACCAUGCAACAGGUCAUCAAGAUGACAGGACACUAUUGGAGCCAAAGAGAGCAGAGGAGGAGAUGCUGGAUCAGGGUGACUUCUAUUCCCUUCUGUCCAAGUUCCUAGGCGAGAGCAAGGAUGUAGUCCACGUACAUAAGUAUAACCCCAGUGAGGCCCUGAGAGCCCAGGCCGAACUGGUGGCUCAGAUUGAUAGCAUAAUGCAAAAGAAGGACCUGGGCUGGCCCAGUCCCAGGCUAGGCUUCGGGGACAGGGAGGAUGCAAUACUUGUGAGGGAUAGAGUGCACAAGUUUCACCAGCUAGAGGCUACGGUCAGGCCGCCGGGAAGCAAGCUGGGAAUACCAGCCUCUAACGCUGCCGCCACCGAGGCCGGCGCCCAAAAACAAGGGUACCACCUGGAGGAGGUGAUGGACUGGCCGGAAAACCCACUACAACUGGGUCAGGUGUCUGGUCUGGCCCUUGACUCAGAUAAUAACCUUGUCAUCUUCCAAAGAGGAGACCAUCAAUGGGGUGUCAACUCCUUUGACAACCAGGCCAGAUACCAACAACGUUCCCUUGGUCCUAUCCAACAAUCCACCAUUCUAGUCAUAGAUCCUGUCAAGGGCAAUGUCCUCAAGGCCUCUGGACGAAACAUAUUUUACUUGCCUCAUGGAAUAACUACAGAUGCACAUAAUAAUUACUGGGUUACCGAUGUGGCCCUUCAUCAGGUGUUCAAAGUGGGCAACAACAAGCCCCUGGUGGUUUUGGGUGAAGCCUUUGAACCAGGAAGUGAUAAAGAGCACUUCUGCAAGCCCACUGAUGUAGCUGUCGACACCAUGACCGGAAAUGUCUACAUAUCUGAUGGAUACUGCAAUGCCAGGGUUCUCAAGUUCUCACCAGAGGGCAAAUACCUUUCUCACUGGGGAGCAGGUUCGUCUGACAGACGGAGGAGGCUCCCAUUCCGGAUCCCCCACAGUCUGGCCUUCCUGCCCGACAGGCGGGAGCUGUGUGUGGCUGAUCGGGAGAAUGGCCGCAUUCAGUGCUUUGUAGCUGAAUCCGGGGAAUUUGUCAAGGAGAUCAAGAAGGAAGAAUUUGGUGAAGAAGUGUUUGCUAUCGCCUACACGCCGGCUCAUGGUGGUCUGAUUUAUGCUGUGAAUGGGGAAUCACCAUAUGGACGCUCAGCUCCUCUCAGCGGCUUUGUGAUAAACUAUUCAUCCAAGGAGAUCCUGGACACGUACAGCCCAGACUCUCAGGAGUUUAAGAUGCCUCAUGAUAUAGUUGUGAACAAAGACGGUGCUGUCUUUGUUGGUGAUGCAGCCUCAGACACAGUAAUAAAGUUUACUUCUGAAAAAGCUGAACAUCGUUCUGUUAAGAAAGGUGGAAUCGAAGUACAAGAAAUAGAAGAAACGGAGACCUUUGUCCAGACAAACCUGAAGCCUGUACACGCGGUGUCCUUUCAUAUGGCAGUGGCCAGUCAACAGAAGCCCCCAGAGGUCCCAACCCAGGAACACCACCAUGCCCCUGAGUCACCUCCACCCCCCAAAUCCCAGCAGCAGCAGACCCAUGAGGAGGAUAAGCAGAAGGUCAAAACCGUAGCCAAACAGAGUGCCCGGGGAGUGUCCCCGGCUGUCAUUACCACCCUCCUGCUCAUCCCAGUGGUGGUGGUCAUCUCCAUUGGGCUGUUUAUCCGCUGGAGGAAGAGCAGGAUGUAUGGAGAUGGGUGUGAUGUGAAACUGGAACCUAACUCUGCUGGAGGAAUCUUGGGAAAACUCAGAGGCAAAGCAGCUGGCAGUCUGAACCUGGGCAACUUCUUUGCCACUCACAAGGGCUACAGCAGGCAAGGCUUUGACCGCCUCAGCACAGAGGGCAGCGACCAGGAGAAGGAUGAUGAGGACGCCACCGACUCAGAGAACGAGGAGUACUCUGCCCCACCUCCGCCCGUCCCUUCUUCCACCUCCUAAGACCCCUUGGUGUCUCCUAAACUAAUACCUGCCCUUGCACCCGCACACUGACUAACUCUCUCCGCUCACGCUCCCAGGCUGUACUUUAAUUGUAUAUGUAACAGUUUUGUGUUGGCUGCCAAUCUUUUUUUUAUUUAUUUGUGCAGAAACAUACUACUUUCCCAAGUAUAUCGUGCAACUGUCAUUAUUUAUACAUGUAAGUUAUCUGGACCAGAUUUGAGUUGAGAGUACUGUUAGAAAUCAGAAAGGUUAUAUAGAAUAUAAUUUUAACAGGAGACAAGAAAGCAAGAAUACGUUUUAUUUUUAUAAUGAUUUUUUCUGAUAGGAGAAAGUUUUCAUCCACAUACCUAAUCGGCUAAAUGUAAUUCAGUUUUUAUCCUUUUAAGAUUUUAUACUUUGGUUCACAAUAUUUAAAUUCCACUUUUAUCUGUACAUUUGUGCCUUUUUAAUUAUGUACUUUGCCUUUCUGCAGCACCAAUUAUUACAAACGUGCCACAUAAUGGAAAGAGCUGCUGCUGGUGUCACAUGUACGUUUCAUUGUAUCGCAUUCAAUUGAAAGGAAAAAAAUAUUAUUAUCCUGUAUAUCUAAAGCUGUAUUUAUGAGAUUUUACAAUCAGAUGUGAGCUGUGUCUGAUAUUUAUUGUGACAUACUGAGGUUUUAUUGCAAGAAUACUAUUUUCAGUAAUAAUGUUAUUUGUGUAAUAAAGUGUCUGCAAAGCGA